AUGAAGCAAGUGGCUGACAUGAGAGUAAAAAAAGACAACAUUUUGCAUUCCGCUGGAAGGUUUGUCCCUUCAGAUCAAAUUCUGGGUCCCGCAUUGCAGAUGCAGCGGGAGCUACUAUGGUUUAAGGCUGUGGAAAGUUUUGUUCAUCCAUCCCUUCAAGAACAGCGAAACGAGUCCAAUAAAACUCCUAGACAAGUGUUUACUGAAUCACACAAGAAUUUAGUCAGAGAAGGUGAAAGAUGGAUGAAGGAUACUGGUUCAUCAUGCAUUAUUGCAUCUACACUCAUAAUCACAGUAGUGUUUGCUGUGGCUUUCACUUUACCAGGUGGCAAUACGAAUGAUGGGAUCCCUACCUUUUUGUCUAAGAAAUCUUUCAAAAUCUUUAUCAUAUUUGAUGCGCUUGCACUCUUUUCAAGCAGCGCUUCGUUGCUGAUGUUCUUGGGCAUCAUUGCUUCACGUUAUUCAGAAGAGGAUUUUCUGGAGUACUUGCCAAAUAAUUUUGUUAUGGGCCACGUCACUUUACUCUUCUCUGUUGUAUGCAUGGUGGUAGCCUUUGGUGCAGCCAUUUGCAUGACUCUUGCUCAUAUAUGGAUACCACUUUUUUCGCCAGUUGCCCUUGUUGGUUGCCUCACAAUGAUCUUAUUUUCAAGGCUGCAGUUUCCUCUUUUGGUUGAAAUGUUCUCAUCCACUUAUAGACCACCCAUGUUUUAA